GUUCCCACUCGCUGCACCUAUCCUGCCUUUAACCCUGUAAAGAAGCCCUCUGUAGCAACUGCUCCCUCUCCUGUUCCAUCCUCCAGUUCUUCUCUGUCUCCAGCUGCUCCAUUCAUUUGCAGACCUGCGUUUACUUGCAGUGCACCAGUAGUUAAAACCAGAAAAAAGCGAAAAUUCUUUCCAACCAAUACCAUCCUGCCAGUAUCCAAACCGGUGAGCCUGCCGUCCGAGAACUUGCCUUCCGUGGUUCGGCCUGAAGCCUCCUGAAGCCUCUACUCAGCAUGAUGAACUGAUCCAGCCUGACGAUCCUAUUAGGCCAGUUGACUCUAUGCCCGCUGUUGAUCCAGAUGAUCCGGUACCUGA